AUGGACGAUCAAACUAAGGAAUGCUUCUUUAAAUUCAUUCGUGAAAAUCAGUCCAAGGUUCUUUUAGUUUUCGAUGGACUAGACGAAGCGGAUACUAGUAACCUCAAAAUGUUCUUUAACCUCAUUGAAAGGAAAGAACUCUCAGGUUGUCACAUUGUUCUCACAUCUCGUCAUGAGGCUGGAAGGAAUGCAAGGCGGUACUGUGACACUCUGUGGGAGAUUGUAGGAUUUACCCGGGAAGAUGCAGUAAGCUUUAUUCAUAAAUACUUUAAAAACGUCAACAAAGAAUAUUUAACCAGGAAGCUUAUAGAAAUGGUAUGGCCUGGCCCCUGGUCAAUUGAGCCAGGACAACCUAAAGAUCUGCGCGAUUUGACAAAAAAUCCUUUAAACACUACUUUACUUUGUGUUAUCUGGGAGGAUUUAAAGGGCGUGUUUCCUACGAGCAGAACUGAGUUGUACAUUGAGAUUGUUCUUUUUGUUUUGGGAACAUAUGAAGCAAAGAAAGGACUAGCGAGCGAGAAUGAAGACCUCUUGUCCGUCUACAGUAAAGACUUGUUGUAUCUCGGAAGAAUGGCGUUGGAGUCUCUUCAAAACGGAGAAUUGUAUUUUGAAGAACAUAAAUCAGGCGGUCGCUGUAUCGUCCUAUCCAAGAUCGGAUUCCUUUCACUUCAGCCUGCUGCAAGCAAGAGGAAAAUUCGUGCGCGUUACGCAUUUCUUCAUAAGAGCUUUCAAGAAUUCUUUUCUGGUUUCUUUCUUGCUUGCAAACUUAUUAAAGGAAAAAUUAGCUUCGAGUCAGUAGUGGCGGACCAAAGAUAUGAGCGUAAACUAUAUCAAGUAUUUGCAUUCUUGCUUGGGAUACUUGUGUCCAAAAGUAAGAAAACGGCAGAAUCUCUCGUUAAAAGCGUGGCCGCAAAUAUCAAUUUCACAAGUCUUAAGUUAGACAAAGACGCAGCUAAAGACGUUUCAAAACGUAUGUUAUUUGCUCUAAGUAGUUUAUCGGAGCACGCAAGUUUACUACAAACCUUAGGAGAGCACCUUAACUUUACUCAAUUAAAUUUGAGGGAGAGCCUGAUUGACAAUUCUGGUGCUGCGUCUCUUUCCCAGGCUCUUGCGGUCAACUCCUCCUUAACUAGUUUGAAUUUGAGUACAACCUUGAUUGAAGUUUCUGGUGCUGCAUCUCUUUCCCAGGCUCUUGCAGUCAAUUCCUCCUUAACUAAUUUGGAUUUGAGUAGGAACUUGAUUGGUACUUCUGGUGCUGCAUCUUUCUCCCAGGCUCUUGCAGUCAACUACACCUUAACUAAACUGGAUUUGAGUUUGAACCAUAUUGGUGAUUCUGGUGCCGCUGAACUGUCCAGUGUGUGCAAGGUAAAUACAACUGAUGAACUGUUUUGGUAGAGCAUGACAAUGAUGAUAAAUUGACGAUCAGGAUGAUUAUAAUAAUGAUGCGAGUAGUAAACUCCUUUGAAAAUUAAGCCCCGUUGGUGUCGAGUAAGUGUCGAGUAAGGUCGAGGUAAACUUGCCCAGACUUGCCCGUUAAGUAACUUUAGCCCGGUUUGUUGGACCGUCUAUUGAAUAAUGGGAUUAAGAGGAGCGAUCACCAAGCAACGGCAGCGCGAAAAACAGCUUAUGCCUUCUAUUUAGUGCUAAAAAUCUAAUAUUAAUAAAAAACACACAAACAGUGGAGCUGAAAACUCUCUAUUUCAAUUUUGACUGACUAUUGCAAAAUGAACCGUUUUCUCUGUUCUACCUAAAGGAAACGACUAACUAUUGUAUAUAUAUGUAUUUAAAUGCUGGAUUCCUGGUUAGGUUGUUGAUGAGGAACUGGUCUCACCGUAAAUAUUAUGCAUUGUUAGAUUGCACGAAUGUUGCAGCGGUUGGCAGCUUACAAACAGAAUCUACCGUUUUGUUCAGGAAAAAAUAUCGCGAGUACAAUAAUAUGACCGAGUACAGACCGUCAUUCCAAAGGAGCCGCCCUUGGUGUACAACGUGAAACAAGGCUGGGAACCUUUGUGCAAGUUUCCCGGAUGUGAGGUCCCUCAAGAGAGCUUUCCUUGGGUGAAUAGAGGACAAAGAGGCACCUUGCGAGCGCUAGCUCAGAGCAAACAACAAUUGGCAGUCAAAGUGGUCAAAGUCUUUGUUAUUUUUAUGGGUUCAUUUGUUCUUUUUUUCUCGUGUUGCUAUAUGAAGUUUUGAUGGAUGCGACUUGCAGUAUUUGAGUUAAUGAUAAUCCUUGUUUAAUCUGGAGUACUUAUGGAAAGCAAAUUCAUUAGGUAGCCUAAUCCGUUUCUAGCUGUAGUGUGAAAACGGCCAAUGACAAAAUUCCCGUGUCCAGUGUUUUUAAUGAUAGCGAAGGACUGUACGGAGCCACUGUCAGCCGUUUCCUUGUCGGUAGGCCUCAUUAUUUCUCGCGGCUAAUGCGUUUGGGGUCACGUGGUCCGAGCGACUUCGCCACCGAAAUGCCUUGACCGAGAUUGCGUGGGAAGAAGCCGUACAGGGACUAAGCAUGGCAACGUCUACCGUAGCGUCAGAGAAAAACAGGAAAAUGUUGUUUAUCGGCAACGUGUUUUCAAACAGUGAGACCUCUACGUGUUGUUUCACUAGUGUUUCGUUCCCUUGGUUAGACGAGUUUAGCUUUCAUUUGAAUGAUAUUUUUACCAGAUUAAAAAUCUUGGGCAAAGAAAAAACCCAAGGAGUACUUACUGACGAUAUAACCAAUAUGACUGCUAUCUUUAAGGCGCACAAAGAAUGCCAAAGGCCGCGAACAGUCUUGAUCGAAGGAGAUCCUGGUAUGGGAAAAACUACGUAUUGUCAAAAGCUGGCGUAUGAUUAGGCAACUAAGCAAGACAAAUGGGACCCGUCUUUUCCAGAGAUUGAAGUGUUACUGCUUCUCAAAUGUCACGAAAUUAAAUCUGACAUCUGGGAAGCUAUUGAUGAUCAAAUUCUCCCCGAGGAAAUGGACGAUCAAACUAAGGAAUGCUUCUUUAAAUUCAUUCGUGAAAAUCAGUCCAAGGUUCUUUUAGUUUUCGAUGGACUAGACGAAGCGGAUACUAGUAACCUCAAAAUGUUCUUUAACCUCAUUGAAAGGAAAGAACUCUCAGGUUGUCACAUUGUUCUCACAUCUCGUCAUGAGGCUGGAAGGAAUGCAAGGCGGUACUGUGACACUCUGUGGGAGAUUGUAGGAUUUACCCGGGAAGAUGCAGUAAGCUUUAUUCAUAAAUACUUUAAAAACGUCAACAAAGAAUAUUUAACCAGGAAGCUUAUAGAAAUGGUAUGGCCUGGCCCCUGGUCAAUUGAGCCAGGACAACCUAAAGAUCUGCGCGAUUUGACAAAAAAUCCUUUAAACACUACUUUACUUUGUGUUAUCUGGGAGGAUUUAAAGGGCGUGUUUCCUACGAGCAGAACUGAGUUGUACAUUGAGAUUGUUCUUUUUGUUUUGGGAACAUAUGAAGCAAAGAAAGGACUAGCGAGCGAGAAUGAAGACCUCUUGUCCGUCUACAGUAAAGACUUGUUGUAUCUCGGAAGAAUGGCGUUGGAGUCUCUUCAAAACGGAGAAUUGUAUUUUGAAGAACAUAAAUCAGGCGGUCGCUGUAUCGUCCUAUCCAAGAUCGGAUUCCUUUCACUUCAGCCUGCUGCAAGCAAGAGGAAAAUUCGUGCGCGUUACGCAUUUCUUCAUAAGAGCUUUCAAGAAUUCUUUUCUGGUUUCUUUCUUGCUUGCAAACUUAUUAAAGGAAAAAUUAGCUUCGAGUCAGUAGUGGCGGACCAAAGAUAUGAGCGUAAACUAUAUCAAGUAUUUGCAUUCUUGCUUGGGAUACUUGUGUCCAAAAGUAAGAAAACGGCAGAAUCUCUCGUUAAAAGCGUGGCCGCAAAUAUCAAUUUCACAAGUCUUAAGUUAGACAAAGACGCAGCUAAAGACGUUUCAAAACGUAUGUUAUUUGCUCUAAGUAGUUUAUCGGAGCACGCAAGUUUACUACAAACCUUAGGAGAGCACCUUAACUUUACUCAAUUAAAUUUGAGGGAGAGCCUGAUUGACAAUUCUGGUGCUGCGUCUCUUUCCCAGGCUCUUGCGGUCAACUCCUCCUUAACUAGUUUGAAUUUGAGUACAACCUUGAUUGAAGUUUCUGGUGCUGCAUCUCUUUCCCAGGCUCUUGCAGUCAAUUCCUCCUUAACUAAUUUGGAUUUGAGUAGGAACUUGAUUGGUACUUCUGGUGCUGCAUCUUUCUCCCAGGCUCUUGCAGUCAACUACACCUUAACUAAACUGGAUUUGAGUUUGAACCAUAUUGGUGAUUCUGGUGCCGCUGAACUGUCCAGUGUGUGCAAGGUAAAUACAACUGAUGAACUGUUUUGGUAG